GGGAGAUCGAGGUUGGAUGUAUCAUCGUUUAGAUGAUAAUGGCUGUUAUACUGAUGAAUUCAAAAUUGGUGUGGAGUCAUUCCUGGAUUAUGCAUUUUUCCAGUCCAAUUUAGAGUUAUGUAGUAGAAAUCGGAUUAAGUGUCCCUGCAGUAAAUGUAUGAACCAAGAAUGGCAUCGUCGUGCCACAGUGCACUGUCAUUUGACAAAAAAGGGUUUUAUGAACAAGUAUAUAGUUUGGCUUGCACACGGAGAGCAGCCAAUGCAAAGGCGACAACGUCAUCAGUGGGGGGAAUCCUCUAGUGCAGUUCCCUUUGUGAUGGAAGAACAAGGUAAUGAUCCAAUUAGAGAUAUGGUUAUGGAUGCAAAUCUACAUGGUAUAGAAUAUAAUAUGAAUGAACAAGCCAAUGCGGAGCCAAUCUUUGAGGAGGCAAUGGGUGAUGCAAAGGAAUUUUUUGAUCUUUUACAAGCUGCUAACACACCACUUUAUGAUGGAUGUGAUGAUGGUGAUACAGUACUAAAAUGGAUGUCUCAUUUUAUAAAUGCAAAAACACUUUACAAUAUGAGUGUCGCUAAUUGGGAUAAUAUGUUAAAGUGUACUAGGAGAUGGAUGAAGCUAGAGGAUCGGGAUAGAAUUCCAAAAGAUUUUUACAGUUCUAAAAAGAUGAUGAGGCAUUUCUCUCUGGGUUAUAAGAAGUAUGAUGUGUCUGUGAAUAACUGCUUCUUGUAUUAUGGUGAAUUUGAAAACAAAAACUACAUCGCAUGUCCAAUAUGUGGUGAACCUCGGUAUAAACAGGGACAUGUGCAACAAAAUCAACAUAUACCAAGGAAGUCAUUGUGGUAUAUCCCUAUUACACCUAGACUCAAAAGGUUGUACAUGUGUAGAAAAAUUGUUGAACACAUGAUAUGGCACUUGAAUUGUCGUGGUGUAUCUGAAAAGAUUGUGCAUCCUACCGGUGCUAAAGCAUGGAAACACUUUGAUCACACCUACCCCGACUUUGCAUCAGAUCCAAGGAAUGUAAGGCUUGGAUUGUGCACAAAUGGGUUCACUCUAUUUGGACAUACAUCAGCCCCGUAUUCAUGUUGGCCUGUAUUUUUUACUGUCUACAACUUACCUCCAUCAAUGUGUAUGAAACCGAAGUCCAUCUUUCUUUCUCUGAUAAUACAAGGUCCUCAAAGUCCUAGAAAAAACAUUGAUGUUAUGCUACGGCCACUGAUUGAUGAAUUAAAGGAACUUUGGUAUAACGGGGUGAAGACAUAUUAUAGUUUUAGGCAUGAACAUUUUAUUAUGAGAGCAUCACUUAUGUGGACAAUUACUGACUUCCCUAGAUAUGGUAUGUUAUCUGGAUGGAGCACACAUGGUACAUUAUCAUAUCCGUAUUGUCAAGAAAAUUCUAAGGCAUUACACCUUCCAAAUGGUCGAAAGAUAUCAUUUUUUGAUUGUCACCGACAGUUUUUACCUCCCGAUCAUCCAUUCAAGAGAAAUAGGAAUGAUUUUCAAAAAGGCCAUGUAGAGAAUCGUGCUCCACCAGAGAGAUUGUCGGGUGAUGAUAUGCAUCGACAAAUUCAACAACUGCCCGACAUACUAUUUGGGAAACCAUCACAAAGGCAAGUGAUCAAAGAUUUUGGUCAUUGGCAUAACUGGGGCUUUAAUGCGGGUAGAAAACCGAAUGCCACUUAUGUCUUGAACAGGGAGCAAAGAAAAUCUAUGUGUCAAUGGCUACAGAAUCUUAGAUUUCCUGAUGGUUUUGCAUCCAACAUCUCUCGGUGUGUGAAUAUGCAAGAGGCGAAAGUUAGUGGGAUGAAGAGUCAUGAUUGUCACAUAUUCAUGCAAAGUCUCCUUCCAAUUGCAUUCCAUGAUUUUCUACCAAAGCAAGUUUGGGAAGCACUUAUUGAGAUUAGUGAGUUUUUUAGAGCCUUAUGUUCUCCAACCAUUCGGGUUACAGAUAUGGAGAUUUGGCAAGGCAAGAUUCUGCUGUUCUGUGUGAAAAUCCUGCUGUUUUGCCAAAGAUUUCACUGUUCACGCGUACCAGUUACUGUUCACGCAGAAAAUUCUGCAAUUUUGCUACUGUUUUCUGCUCCUUUUCAGUCCGUUUCUGCUCUGAAAAAAUCUGAUGAAAUAUCCAUUUUUCUGGUCUUUUAGCUGGCUGUAGUUGAAUUCUAAAAAUAUCAGUUACUGUUCACGGGUGUUCACGGGUACUGUUCAUAGUCACUGUUCACACACCGAGGGUUAAUGAUUAACGGGGAUUUAAAGGUUUGGUUUGUGAUAUAAGAAUGAAUUUGGAGAUGUCUGGUUAUGUGGAGAUUGAUAGAAAUAGCACGGUGAUUAGGGGUAGUGUUAAUGAUGAUUUCAUUGUGAAUUUGUGAUAGUUCGGUAUUAAUUCUGAGGUGUUUUGAUUAGGUUCCCGAUUGUUCUGUCAGUUAGCACUGAGAUUGAGUGCUCGGUUUUAUGCAAGUGAGGUAAGUAAAUCAUGGUAAAGCCCUUCGAUUUUAAAGCAUGUUUUAAACUGUUUUUGAGAUGGUGGCAAGGUUUAAAUUGAUUUUAAAUUGAUUUUAUCAGCAUCUGAAUGUGAUUAAACGGAAAUGAGAGUUUUGAUGGACUGAAAUGAGAAUUUCCUGGUUUUUCUAGAAAUGAGUAUGAUUGAUUUGAAAUAAGAUUAUUAGUCUUUUUGUAUCGAUUUGAGCAUGCCUACUUGAAGUUCAUGUGAUGGUCCUGACGAUUUGAAAGUUAUUUGUAAAGAAUGAUUUUCUGUUAACUUCUGCCUGUUUUGUCUCCGAUGUGGUUAUGAUUAUUGAUGAUCCUGCUAGUGGGGGUGAAACGCUAGCACAUGUCGGCGCAUGUCGAUAUGUUACUGAUGAUCCUGCUAGUGGGGGUUAAACGCUAGCACAUGUCGGCCCAUGUCGAUAUGUUACUGAUGAUCCUACUAGUGGGGGUUAAACACUAGUAAUUCCUGUAGCCUGCCAGUGGGAGGUUUAAACACUGGCCGUGACCCAUAGAGGAGACGUCUAUUUCGUGCUCGUACUGUAUCUGUUUUCGUGAUUACACUUGUUGGCAUGCUAUGAGUUUAAUUGACGGUUUUGUCAUUGAACGUUUUGCUAUUGAACCGAACUUGAUUUCCGCAUUAACGGUUUAUUAGUGAAAG